AUGGAGUUGGAUUUGGACUUGCUGCGGAGACAGGUGGAAGCGGAUCCGUAUCAAACCACUCGCGAACUGACAGUCACUCUUAGGGUGAGUCAAACCUCAGUUGCUCGCGGAUUGAAGUCAAUCGACAAGGUGCGAAAACUAGGUCGAUGGGUACCACAUGCUCUGACGCAGUAUGACAUAGACUGCCGCGCUGAUACGGCACUUUCUCUCCUCACGCUCAAGCGCGCCCACACUUGGCUUGAGCACCUAGUCACCGGGGAUGAGAAGUGGAUUUCCUAUUCUAACAUUCAGCGGCGUGCCCAAUGGGUUGACAAAGGUACGGAUGCAGAAGACGUCCCUGAACCCAACGUACAUGCCAAAAAGGUUAUGCUCUGCAUCUGGUGGAGCAUGCACGGCGUCAAAUACUGGGAGCUACUCGAUGAGGGAUGUACAGUGACCACAGACGUCUACGUUGAGCAAGUGAGGAAUUUGAAGUCAAAUCUCGAAACUGCACGCCCGCAACAGCGCGAAGUCUACUUCCACCACGACAACGCUCGGCCGCACAUUGCAAAAACGACCAAGGCGGAACUGACGAAAUUCGGUUGGAACAUUUUACCACACCCACCGUAUUCCCCAGAUCUAGCUCCUUCGGACUACCACCUUUUUUCCUGUCUUCAACGUCAUCUGGAUGGUCAAGACUUCCAAACCCGCGACAACAUCAAAAAGGCCUCUCGAGCAGUUCUUCAAGGAGCAGUCCCCAGCGCUCUGGAGCAAAGGCAUCUACGAUCUGCCUAA